AUGUUGUCAACAGCAACAACUGAUCAACUCCAUCUUGUUUUUGCAUUGACAGAUCUAAACUUCUUUAAUUUUUUACCAAAUAUGCCGCCCAAGAAAAAGAAAUCGGGCAAGAAAAAACUUGCUAAGAUGACUGAAGAAGAGAGGCUUCUAUAUAUGGAGCAAAAACGACUCGCAGAAGAAGAAAUGAGGAAGAAAAAAGAGGACAUGUUAACGCAGUUUUUGAAGGUGAUGACAAAAAGGCAAUCAUUAUUUUGCUAAAUUUAAACCUUGUCUCUUUGCUCUUGGUGUUGUAAAAGCACUUUUCUAACGUUCUCUUGCUUCAUUACACGUGUUAUGCUCUAAAUACUAUGAUUUUGUUUUAUAUUUUUUCCUAGGAUAAAUUGUCAAAAGAAGAAAAAAGUACAAAAUUUAAUUUGAACAAGCUUCAAAACCAGUGGAGAGUCAUAAUGCGAGAAGGUCAGCUCUCACUAUUAAAACCAUCCAUUAGUUUUCAAAAGAUCCUAUCAUAAAGACCAGUCACAUGCUUGACUUGUUACAGUUGAUUGAUCUCAGCUGUUACUGGUCAAAAGUCAUAAUCUCGUACCCAGAUCUCUUCUCAAUGAAGCCGAAGACAACAUCUGGGGUUCUUACCAUUUACAUGGAAAAACCGGGAAUUCAGUUUGGGAAGCUUCAGAAAAUAUGGGCUGUGAUUUGAAGCAGUUCAAUGUUUCUACUCUUUUGAGUCUGUAAAGUACCCUGUGAGCGGAGGCUACAUUUUUGCAGUGUGAGCUAUCAUGUAAAAAGUAGCCUCUGCCGAAAGCCAUUCAAAUCUGUCCAGAAAUAUGGACAAAUAAAUUAACAAAUUGGUUUUUUCCCGUUCUUGAGCGGUUUAGAGCAUUGCGUGAGUCUUGGGUGAGUCUUGCGUAGCAGAAUCAAGUCAUCAGGUUGUCGCAAUUUUUUUAUUCCCGCAAAACUCACGCCAUCUGACAACAGACCUGACAAUUAAUUUUGUUUGCGUAUUAUGUGCCGAAUUUCGCACAUGCAUGAUAGAAAAUUGAACGGUUGUUGGCAGAGGCUACUUUUCGCACGCCAGCUAACCCAGCGAAAAUGUAACCUCUGCUCUUAGAGUAUCUUUAAAGCUGAUAUACUUUGUAGGGAGUCACUCUCCCAUUACGUCAAAUUUUAUUGUUUUAUGCUUACGAAAAAAAUUUCCACCUGGGGAGAUUCUGUUAUUGUAAGCACCCCUGGUCGAACGAUGUGCGACAAAUGCAUACUGCAGACUGCAGACUUGUUUUAAAAUGCUUAAACAGGUUUCCUAUCCCUAAAUUAGACUUUUACAAGAUUUAAAGUUUAGGGAUAGGGAAUCUGUUAAAGCAUUUCACAGCAAUGCUUACCUCCCUUACUUGACAGUCUGCAGUCUGCAUUUGUCGCACACCACUGGUCAAAUCCGUUUUUCCCUUGUGAUGUAAUAAAAUGCUUGAAAUGAAUCCUCAUAAUAAUACAGCCAUAUUUAACAAUGUUUUUGAUAAAGCCAUGCAGUUUUCUCAAUCAGAACAUGGUUAUAUGCACAGCUUAAGUAUGAACCAAACAGUUUGUUAUGUCUGUUUUUCAUAUAACAUCAAAUUCAAUGCGGCAGCAAGUUUUUAAUGAGAGAAGGUUUUAAAGACUCUUUUAAAAUUUUACUCUGAAUUGUUUAAUGCCAUAUCUUUUUCAAUUUGAACAGCUAAAUCACAAGAACUGAAGAAAGACAUAGAGAUACUGAGUCAAACGUUUGAGCGCGUAAUAGACAGAAAAGAGGCUAUUAUAAAGUCUCUAGUAAAGGACAUUGAAGAAGCUGAAGAACAAUACCAAAUGGCUCUUAGAAGUCACUUACAGAAUGUUGAUAGGCUAAUAGGUAUGUAUAGCUUUAAAGACAGGUUGUAAUUUUGUUAAUACAGCUGCCUUUUGCAUAUUCUGUGAAGGAUAAAUUAUUAUUUUGCUGACUUGUACAUACUGAAUGAAGAUGUUGAAGUAAAAAAAUAAACACGCAUAGAUUGGAGUUGGACUGAGAGAAGUAAAAUUAGCAAUCUUUUUACAAGUAGCGCCCUUUAUGAGCCUUCUUAACUAGAGGCAUAUGUUGUAGUUUUUCUGGUUUAAAUUUGUUUUAUUUAAGUUGAGACCGCUACAAUGACAAAAGAAAUGCUAGAAAUUCUUUUCUUUGCAUCAGUGUUCAUUUUGCCUAUGUGUUAUGAUGAUCAACCUAGUGAAAUUUAAGAUCACUGUGAAUGGCUCAUUUUGCAUCUUUGCUUUCAAGAUUUACAACAAAGAAGGCUACAAGAAGCCCAAGAUGAAUAUGAUCAAGAACAGGAGAUCCUAAAAGAAGAAUUUGACACAGAAAGGUGAUGAGAUUGUGGCUUAAGAAAUUAUGGCCUUAUUGUUUCUCUGAGAUACUGUUAAAUGUAAGAUUGGGUGUUAAAAUUAACAAAUAGGGUGUAGAAAAAUAAAACUUCAUGAAAUUUACUUUGAGAACCAUUGUUUGAUGUUGUGCAGAUCUUUAAAACGUAUUUGGUUAUUUUUAGAAUGAAGAUAGUAAGUCAACAUAGAAAGGAAAUGCACGACAUACAGGACAUCAUGUUUGCUAUGGAAGAAGAGUGGAAUGAACUGGAAAAUGAUGCUAAGCAAGACUUUCAAAGCCUCAGAGAUGAAAUAAAAAACAAGGUAACCGUCAGUGGUAAAAUUUGCUAAGAAAGCUUUGAUUUAAUGACUCAAUAACAAUAACGACUUUACCAUUUCUGGAAUACACCCACAAGGUAUAUCUGCCACAUUGUUUCAUUUCACGAAAACUUUGGCUGCAUACCAAUAACUUGAUGAACAUGCCUUGAACGUGUGUUGUAAGAUAAUGUCUUUCUAACUUUUAUCUUUAUUAGAACCUUGAAGAAAAGCAUGCUUUAAGAAUACAAUUGGAGGGAACAGUGGAAGAUUUGUGGAGACAAUUUCAACAAGUAAGCUUUUGAACUCUUAGAUAAACCUUAAAAAGCAUGUUUUGAUAGACCAGGUAGUGAGCAAAGAAGAGACACAGCCAGCUGCGUGAAUGCAGUUAUAAAUUUAAGUUUUCAGGUAGACAAUAAGAAUCAGUAACUGAUUAUUUAAAGCAAAAUUGCAUUUAUCAAUAUUCAGCUUGGAUUUCUUUUUAUUAUUGGUAAUCAAAUUUUUCUUAAUUAUAUUUUCAGGCCUUAAAGAAUUACAAUGAGACAACAGAGGAAAGAAAACUGGCCUUUGAAAAUCUCAAAGCUAAAGAUGAGAAAAGUGCUCAUGAAAUAGAAACCCAGAUGAGAAAACUUCAGAGAAUACAGGUUUGUAUUAAGGACCUAGAAACCUUUUCUAUAAGUUUUCAGAGGGAAGUGGUAUGGUGAAAUUUUGCAUUGUCACUUUUGGUUCCUUUAUGAUAUAGAUUUCCCAGAUUUUUGUUGGGUGACAAGUAGUUGUGCCAAGUAAAACGUUGUUUCCUAAAUUAGGAGUGGCUCGCUGACUAGGGAGCCAGAGUGUUUAGAAAUGAGAAGAUUUGAGUUAUUUGGGUCAAGAUACUUCAGAUUUCCAGACUCCUAAUAACUGUAAGUGACAUGGAAAAUUAAAAAUUUAGAUGGUUUAAUUCAGUGCCCUCAAGUCAUAAAUCAUAAAACUGAAGAAAAAUUUUGACCACUACGUAUCAAAAAUACAUUAUGAGGGCCAGUUUCAUUGAUACAUGGAGAAGGUUUAAAACAAUGAAAUUUUCAACCAUUGUGUCAGUACCUGUAAGUUGUCACUUUUAAGAGACCAUCAUCUGUGGGAGUGUUUAACAUUUGCUCCUGAGAAUUUUGCCAAAACUUGCAUUUUGAAGGGCUACUCAAGCUGUUUUCUUGGCACUGUCUUUCUAUAAAGAGCUCAAACAAAGCCAUUUACAGGUCAUACACUUUGCGGCGGUGCGAUCCAAAUGUAAAAUUUUACCUUCUGAAGUUUGAGCAUGUGCAAAAAGCAAAAUUUUAAGUGACACAGCAGUCUUGACCUUUUAUUUUUGAUCUGACUCUCUCCUCCCCUCCUCUUUCCUUUUUUUCACCUCAUUUUUUUUUCCUUUUGCUGGGCUGAUAAUGAUAAUGGGGAGGCAGCAUUGUCGAGUGCUUAGAACGCUGGACUUGUAACCUGGAGGCCCCAAGUUCAAGUCCUGCCCUGACCAUUAGCUGGAUUUUGCUCUCGGUAGUCACCUGGUUUGCCUCAUAUCAGUUGAGAUUUUUAACCACGUUGUGGUCCAUUAAUUUUGAAUUAUUUGCUUCAUUAUCCCUGAAAAGCUCCAUAAAGGGGAGAGGAUAAUAAUUAGAGCAUUAUUAUUAUAAUGAUAAUGUCACUCUAUGCUUUGCAUUAACCAAGGAAAUCUGGAAUUAAAGUACUUUUUACUCAUAGGAAUUUCAUUGUGGAAUUAUUAAAAUGGCAGUAAGCUGUCAAUAUAUCAUCCUUUCAGGAAUGACUUACAUGUUGAGAGUGCUAUUAGCAAUGCAACAUUUUUGUGAUCUUUUAACUUUACAUCAUGAUUUUCAUUUAGGAUAACAUUUCCCAGCUAAAGGCUAAAAUGGCAAGCAAUGCUAAAGAAUGUGAUGAAAGAAACAGACUCAUUAAAGAGGUAUAAAAUGAUAGAUAUUGUGUUAUGAGGGACACACCACAUGCACUUGAGGGUGGAUGAAUAAAAAACCAGGCCUUUAGAACGAUAUAUUGUUAAGGAUUUGGAUGUUUUAAUGUAACAAGAAAAUCAGCCAUUAACAAACUAUGUCUUGGCAGGACACAAACGUGGGCAGACCAUUUUACUGUCUUAAUGGGUUUUAGUUUAACACCUUACUGUUCUUGUUGAUCCCUAUUUACUACUCAUAAAAUAAUGUCCUAAGCCAGUGAUUAAUGUUAUCAGCUUUGAGUCUUACACAGUUUACACUAUUGUUGUUUGUUAUACAUUUAUUGAUAGCAUGUGAUCAGUGGCUGAUGUGAGUGUAAUUUCCUAGUAAUAGUAUUGCCCUUAUUCAUUUUGGGCGUUAAGAAAAGGGUGUGGCUUGGGGGAAGGGGGAGAACGUGGCUCUUACACACCCAAGAGAAUAGUGUGCAAGUAUUUAUGAGCCAUAGGAAGGCAGGUGCGAUAUCAUUGGGUUUGACAAUGGUACUCGGUAGAUUGAUGCGUAUUAUUCUUUCUUGAUGGCUUUGGUGAUUGUUGAUUUUUAGCAAAGAGAAGUAGUUGCAACUCAAUUUCAUGACUUGAAAGCUGAAAUGAACAAGAUGAGAGAUUCAGAGAGGUAUAUAAACAAUCAUUUCUCAUAACAGUUAUAUUGCCACAUACUGUAAAGAAUCAUAACUCUUUGAUGGAAACUUUCAAACAAAAAUAUUAAAACAGUGAAAUUAAAACAUUUUGGACUCUGAAUUAUCUGUAGGUUAGGAAUAAAAAAUGUUAGUGAAUCUCUCAAUAAACUAACACGAGGUCAACCCACUUUACAUUUAGUUUGAUCAUUGCCCACCUAUGCAUUCACCUAUUUAUUUCAUCAAGUUUUCCUAAUUCCCUGCUCUUAUAAGUAGAAAUUGUAUUUUUUCAUAUCUUGUGAAAUCUCUGUUUAGGUCACGCCUUACUCAGCUCACACUUCAAAGUAAUGCGGCAAUCAAAGAACUCAAGAGGACAAGUGAAAAGGUAAACACUAAUACCCUCAGCGUGAAAAGAAUAACUUACUUUCACUUUAUAAAAUAAUGUUAUAUUUUGCAAAUCAGACUUCUUGUCAAACCAAAAAGGUAAUAUCCCCCGUAAAUGUAAAUAUGAAGUAAUAAAUCUUACAGAAUGUGUAUGACACUAUAUUGCCCAUUUUAUCUGGUUUUUAGGGUGAGCGCAUUCUUAAACUUUCUGAGAUGUGUCGUAAACUGGAGACAGAAGCUGAAAAAGUUCUUCCAUUUUAUGCGUCAUCUCUUUCUCCUGAGGAAGAUGAUGAUGUAGCAGCUGCUAUGCAGGAAGCUCCAUCUGAGCCACUGGCUGAGGUAAAGACUACUACUCUACUAGAAAAUUUACUGACGUAUUUUAGUUGUUUUAUUUUACAUUGUGCUCACUGUCUGUCUUCCCAAUGGUUAGAAUCCUUCAGUUACAUUUGGAAAUCAGUGCUACUUACAGAAUACUUAGUUAGAUUGUAUGCACAAUGCAUGAUUUCCAAGAACAUUGCCAAACUGUGUUCCAGGGGACUGAUCAGUUUUUUUUGUUACAACUUCUCUUCAAACCAAUGAACAAUUUAGCAAUUUUAUUAUUUGCUACAAGGCGAAGUUAAUAUUGUUGAUUAAUCCCCUCAACCAUAUUAACUGAGCCUGAGGUGAAUAAUAUUGUAAUGUUACCGGUCAAAAUUAAAUUCAGAUUAACGUUUCAAAUUAAAUUAUGGGACAACAUUACACUUCAACCAACUGCCUUUUUAGCAAACAAAAGACAUUUAAUGACUGAUGACUUUACAUUCCUUUAAAGAUUUAGCCAGCAACAAUGCUUUUUCACAUGUAAGAAAAUGAUAGCUUCAUCAAAAUCCAUGGCAGUGCAUGAGUUUAGAGCAGUGUCGAGUUUACUGCAGAUGUUACAAACAUCAUUUAGAGGAGAGGUCACACAAUGCAUUUAAUUAUAACCCUUGCUUUGCUGUGUAACUUACAGAUUCUUCAUGAAUACUCUGCUCUGGAAAAUUUUUGGAAGAGAUACAAUAAGGUAUGUCAUAAACAAGACUACCAGUUGAAGAGUGCUGCCUCCCACUGUUUAGUUUGUUUUAUAAGAACAGGCAAAGGUGAAGUCUGGAGUUCAGCCAAGUAGCUCAUCAUAACUUACUUACCUGGUUUCUGUAGUAUGAAGUGACAAGGAAUAUUUCUAUUCUCCCCAACCCAUGUUGGAUGAGAUGCCAGUCCAUUGCAUAGUUACCCCAGCAUUAAAUACCCUGGUAGCCAUUUAUACAACAGGGCGAGGUGCGGCACUAUUAUUUAGUAUAUUUUUUGUGAACAACACAAUUCUCACUGUUUAGCUUCAGCUGCAUGGUGGUUGUAAAUUUGUCAAACUAAGUACAAACCAAAAAAAAUACAAGCAGUUAAGAUUAGCCAUAUGUAGUAGCUUAGACAUAACAAGGCCCAGAGGUACUACCCUCCCCGCCAACUUGGGAGUAAUUCUGUCCAUAAAUUAAAGAGGAUUUUAAAGAUGAUUUUUACAGCUCAAAGAAACAUCCAAAAGGGGAAAAAGGACCUCCUAAUCGCGGGUUAAGUCUUAAAAAAUAACCUGCGACCAUUAUUCCUUUAUCCACUGAAGCAAAACGUUUUCAUUCCUAUGUUCCUAUCUUCCAAUUUAAUGUGCAUGAAGUGGACCAUGACUGAAUGUGUAGUUUUUCGUGUUCUGCGCUUUUUGCCAAUAACCCUCGUGAAAGUGUUAAUAGGUUUGUUGUACUAUUUAAGUUUAAGAUUCAUUCGUAGCUCAAACCAAUUGUUAGCUAUGGAUUAGGCAUUCAACGCUAUAUAUUCUUUUUUUAGGUUUUGCUUGACAAGCUGGCUCUUGAUAAAGAGAAGCACACUCUCUUACAAGAAAAUCAGCAGCUAAGAGCAGUUCUAAAGCAGUACCUAGACGGUAUGUUUCUUUAUUUCAAUCUGACUAUUAAGCAAAUUUAUAACUUUUAACGAGUUAUCUCAAAACAAAGAAGGCUAGUUUGUUACAAACACACACAAAGCCAAAAUACAAACAGAGAAGGCUAGUUUCGACCGUCACAAACAGUUUCACGGAACAGAGCGCGUAAAAUUGUAGCUUUACGAGGAAACAGAUAACAGAGCUCGCCAAGUUGCGGCAUCACGAGCAAACACAAAAUGAAGUGAGUUAAGUUGUAACGUUAGAACCAAACACAAAACGAAGCGCGCUAAGUAGUAGUGUCACAAGCAAACACAAACUGGAGCGAGCUAUAAGUUGUAGCUGUGCAAACAAACACAGAACAUUGCGCGCCAAGUUGUAACUGUACAAGCAAGGACAAAACGGAGUGAGGUGAGGUGUAGCUGUACAUGGAAACACAAAGUGGAGCGUGCUGAGUUGCGUCGCAAACAAACGCGAAACGGUGCGCGAUUAGUUCUAGCGUCGCAAGCAAAUAUAGAAUAGAGCGGGCUAAGUUGUAACGUUGCGUCACAAACAAACUUAAAUCAGAGCGCGCUAAGUUGUUGCUGUACAAGCAAACACAAAACAGAGCGCGCUAAGUUGUAGCGUCAUAAGCAAACACAAAACGAAGUGCACUAAGAGUUUUAACGUCACAAGCAAACACAAAAUGGAGCGAGCUAAGUUCUAGCGUCACAAACGAACACAGAACAGAAGUCCGGGCAGAAGUCUCAACGUUGAAGCGUCAGAAUAACACAGAAGAGAGCGCAUCAAGUUUUAUCUGUACAGGCAACACAAAAUGAAGGAAGCUAAAUUGUUGCGUCACAAACAAACACAAAACGGAGCGUGAUUAGGUGUAGCGUCACAAGCAAAUACAGAAUAGAGCGCGCUAACGUUUUGCAUCACAAACAAACUUAAAUCAUAGCCCACAGCGCGCUAAGUUGUUGCUGUAGAAACAAAUAUAGACCAGAGCGCGCCAAGUUCCAGCUUUACAUGAAAACGCAAAUUGAGCAGGCUGAGGUGUUGCGUCAAAAACAAACUUAAAUCAGAGCGCGCCAAGUUGUUGCUGUACGAACUAACACAAAACGGAGCGAGCCAAGUUGUAGCAGUACAAGCAAAAUAGAACAACAACAGAGCGCGCCAAGUUGUAGCUUUAUACGUAACACGAAAUGAAGCGCGCUAAGGUGUUGCGUCUCAAACAAACUCAAAUCAGAGUGUGUUAAGAUGUAGGAUAAAAAAAAACGGUGCGUGCUAAAUUGAAACUCAGCAAGCAAACCCAGAACAGAACGCGCUGAACCAUGAACAAGAAAGCACAAAAUGGAACGCGCUAACUUGUUGCCGUACAUGCAAGCACAAAACGGAGCUAGCUAAGUUGUAGCUGUGCAAGCAAACACAGAACAGAGAGUGCUAAGUUGUAGCGUCACAAGCAAACACAAAACUAAGCGUGCUGGGCUGUAGCGUCACGAGCAAACACAAAACUAAGCGUGCUAGGCUGGAACGUCACAAGCAAACACAAAACUAAGCGUGCUGGGCUGUAGCGUCACGAGCAAACACAAAACUAAGCGUGCUAAGUUGUAGCGUCACAAGCAAACACAAAACUAAGCGUGCUAAGUUGUAGCGUCACAAACGAACACAGAACAGAGCACGCUACGUUGUACUGUCAGAAGUAACACAGAAGGGAGCGCAUCAAGUUCUGUCACCAAGUUCUACAGGCAAAUACAAAAUGAAGGACGCUGAGCUGUUGCUAUAGAAGCAAACCCAGAACAGACCGUGUCAAGUAGUAAUUGUACAAGCAAAGACAAAAAGGAGUGAGCUAAAGUCGUAGCUGCGCAUGCAAAUGAGAGCAGAGUGCGCCAAGUUAAAGUUUUACAUACAAACACGAAAUGAAGCGCGCUUAGGUAUUGCGUCCCAAAUAAACUCAAGUCAGAGGGCGCAAGGAUGCAGCAUCACAAACCAACUUAAGACGGAGCUAGCUAAGUUGUAGCGUCACAAGCAAAAACAAAAGAGAGGAAGCUAAAUUGUAGCUGUAUAAGUAAACAUAACAGACAGUGUCAAGUUUGUAGCUGCACGAGCAAACACAGAACAGACUGAGCGCGCCAAGUUGUAGGGGCACAAGCAACACAAAAUGGAGCGAGCUAAGUUGAAGCGUCAUAAACAAACACAAAUGGAACAAGUUAUAGCGUCACAAACAAAACACAAACGGAGCAAGUUAAGUUGUAGCAUCACAAGCAAACCCAAAAUGGAGUGAAUUAAGUUGUAGCGUCAACAACCAAGAAAGAUAAAACGGAGCGCGGAAAGUUGUAGCGUCACGAGGAAACACAGAAAAAAACGCGCUUAGGUGUUGCGUCACAAACAAACUGAAAUCAAGUGCGCUAAAUUUUAGCUGGUUAAAAUAACACAAAACGGAGCGCGCUAAGUUUUAGUGUCACAAGCAGACACAAAUGGAGCGAGCUUAGUUGUAGCUGUGCAAACAAACACAGAAGAUUGAGCGCCAAAUUGUAACUGUACAAGAAAAGACAAAAUGGGGUAAGGUAAGGUAUAGCUGUAUAUACAAACUCAAAACAGAGCGCGCUAAGUUGUAGCGUCACAAGCAAACACAAAAUGGAGUGAGCUAAGUUCUAGCGUCACAAACGAACACAGAACAGAGCGCGCUACAUUGAAGCGUCGCUACGUUGAAGGUAAGGUGUAGCUGUACGUGCAAACAAAACGAAACGCGAUUAGUUUACGGUCACAAGCAAAUGCAGACAAGAGCGCGCUAAGAUGUUGCGUCACAAUCAAACUUAAAUAAACGCUCUUAAAUAAGCGCGCUCUGUUUUUGCUAAACAGAGCGCGCUAAGUUGGAGCGUGCUAAGUUGUAACUGGACAAGGAAAUGCAAAACGGAGUGAGGUACAUUGUAGCUGUCCGUAAAACACAAAUCGGAGCGCGCCAAGUUGUAGCUUUACGACAGCAUCACUAGCAAACACAAAAUCAUGGAGCGCGCUUAGUUGUACAGGGGCACCCAACAAGAAUAUAGUUCAAAACCACUUAAACAUAGCAUUGUUAAAAAUUUUUCAUCUGUUCGGAUUUCCUAGCUGAAAGUCUAAUGAUCCGAAAAUUAUAGGGAUCAAAACUUACCUUUUCGAAAAUUUCAGCCAGAAAAAAGGCUCCCGAAAAUUCUAGGUGACCUUUUAAGGGUAAAAAUCCGUUAGAAAUGCGCAAUUAUAUCAUUUUUUAGAUGUUCGAAAAUGCUAGGAGAGGCAGGCAAGCAAGAAAUUUUACAACAAAUGUUCCGAAAAUUUUAGAUCUCUAAUCGUUUUCCAAACAGAUAUUUUCCGAAAAUUGUCGUUGGGUGCACCUGGUUGUUGCGUCGCAAACAAACACAAAACGUAGCGCGAUUAGUUGUCGCGUCACAAGCAAAUACAGAACAGAGCGUGCUAAGUUGUUGCUGUUCAUGCCAGCACAAAACGGAGCUAGCUAAUUUGUAGCUGUGCAAGCAAACACAGAACAGAACGUGCUAAGUUGUAGUGUCACAAGCAAACACAAAAUGGAGCGUUAAGUUGUAGCGUCACAAACGAACACAGAACGUCACAACGCGUAACAGAGCGCGCUACUUUGAAGCGUCAAAACUAACACAGAAGAGAGCGCACCAAGUUACAGGCAAACACAAAAUGAAGGAAGCUAAGCUGUUGCUGUACAAGCAACACAAAACGGAGUGAGGUUAGCUUUAGCUGUACUUGCAAACAUAGAGCAGAGUGCGCCAAGUUAAAUCUUUACAUGUAAACCGACAAAACUGAGCGCCCUUAGGUGUUGCGACCCAAAUUAGCUCAAAUCAGAGCGCGCAAAGAUGUAGCAACACAAACAGGGCGGAUAAAGGUUGGGCGGCAAACACACGACGGAGCGUGCUAAGUUGUAGCUGUGCAGGCAAACCCAGCAGAGAGCUCGCUGAGCUGAAGCCGUACAAGAAAACACAAAAUUUAGCACGCUAAGUCUUUGCUGUACAUGCAAACACAAACAGAACGCGCUAAGUUGUAGCGUCAUAAACAAACACAAAACAAAGUGCUCAAAGUUAUAGCGUCACAAGCAAACACAGAAGAGAGGAAUCUAAGUUUUUGCUGUAUAAGUUAACACAGAACAGAGCGCGCUAAGUUGUAGGGGUACUAGGAAACACAAAAUGGAGCGAGCUAAGUUGAAGCGACAUAAACAAACACAAGUAAAACGAGCUAAGUUGUAGCAUCACAAGCAAACACAACAUGGAGCGAAUUAAGUUGUGUUGUCAACUUCAAAACAAGAUGAAAUGGAGCGCGGUAAGUUUAUAGCGUCACGAGGAAACACAGAAAAGAGCGCGCUUAGGUGUUGCGUCACAAACAAACUAAAUAGCUGGACAAAAUAGCUGGACAAAAGAACACAAAACGGAGCGCGCUAAGUUGUAGUGUCACAAGCAGACUCAAAAUGUAGCGAGCUAUGUUGUAGCUGUACAAGCAAACACAGAACGUUGCGUGCCAAAUUGUGACUUAACAAGAAAAGACAAAACGGGGUAAGGUAAGGUGUAGCUGUACAUACAAACACAAAACAGAGCGCGCUAAGUUGUAGCGUCACAAGCAAACACAAAAUGGAGUGAGCUAAGUUCUAGCGUCACUAACGAACACAGAACAGAGCGCGCUACGUUGAAGCGUCAGAGGUAACGCAGAAGAGAGCGCACCAAGUUCCAUCUGUACAGGCAAACUCUCAUACUGAGCUUGGGCCGCCUGUGAGUAAACAAGACAGGCGACACGGCAGCCCCUUGGUAUCCCCAAGAUAACUGUACCUUUAACAAAUGAUUUUUUUUGUUAUGUUUCAGGUAUUUCAGUCAAUGAUGAGAUCUUGAGUCAGUACAACCCACUAUUUAUUGUCAACAGCAAAACGAAUGUCAGGUAAGACUGAAUGUGAUGACGAUAAGCGCCCCAGGAUAAGCGCUUGAAAAAAAGUGAAAAGGCGUUGUACAAAGUGGGGGCGAAUUUUUAACGCCAUCAAAAAUAAAAAUUCUAACCUGUCAAUACAAAAGGUCCAGAAUCCUGGAAAUGAAAGAAGAUAAAUAUACAAAAGCCUGGCCUAGAACCAGGUCUGUGCGAUAAUUCAUAUGAGAGAUAUUCGGAAAAAAGUUUUACCCAAAUUUAUGAGGCUUUGUGUGGAGACGCCAUGUUGGUGCCCCUUUGAGGGGCACAAAUAUGGCCGCCGGAGCGAGGUUGGAUAGGACCAUUAAUAAAUCAAUUCUAUGGAUUUCCCUUCCAUUCUCUUUUUCGUCCCUUUCAGAAAAAGAUUGUCAUUUGAGGUGCCGAUUUCCCGGGCAAAGCAUCCACAUCCCCCUCCCCCCAGGAUUGUGGACUCUCAGCAGUCCCUUAUGAUUGUGGCAAGGGUCAACACCUCUCUCCAUUGUCCUUGUUCACUUGUUUUUGUGCAUUAAGAAAUCAGUUCUGUGAAUUAAACCUCCUUUUUUAUUGUCUUCCUUUCUUAUACUGGGUACUACGUGUGGUGCUCGAUUUACACUGUGAAAAGUAAAAAACUCCACCCCCCUCUCCAAUUAAGAUUGUAGACUGUUAGCAGUCCCUUACGAUUUUCGCGAGGGCGAGCAGCUCCGUGUAAUCUCCUUUCCGUUUUGUUCGCCCUUUUUCAACUUAUUCUCAACUCGAUUAACUAGUAAGGGUCCGCUCACAUUCUACCAGGAUUGGAGUAACGUGGAUCUUAUUCACAGGCUCAUAGUCACUCAUAUAACAUUCCACUAGGGCGCGGUAAAAUAAAGGCCUGUCCCCGGGGUCUUGUCAAGUAUCGCUCAAUUUUCACGCGAAAGUUUACUUGCUUAGUUUUACUUUGACUGUUGUGCACAGUUUCUGAAACUUGAUUUCUAGGAUAUCAACUUGUGGGCGCUUUUCCGAUUCAAAAUCUGCUAAAAUUAUAAUCCUUUUUAGUGAAACUACUUUUUGCCAUUGUAGUGUGGAACAGGUCUAAUACCUGCCUCGUCCCUAGUCGCCUCUCAGUCUUACAUUAACAUUGCAACAGAAGCUCGUUCAAGGGGAGCGCGCACCCCGCCGGUCACGUUUUCCGCUUUCCGUCUUGCGCGUGCGAUCCAAAUAGACUACGCCUAAUACUAAUGUCACUGUUUUUGUUUCAAUAGGCUGGCUGUUCCUAUAGCUGACCCGCGUGUGAAGAGAUCGGGCCCCACUGUAGUAGAGGCAGCCCAUGUAGUAAAGCAUUCUAUUUGAAUCGGCUGCACAAAGAACAGCUAUUUGUACAUCGUUACAUUUGCCACUGUAAAAAUGUAUUUAUAUCUUAGAGUUUUUUUUACACCGUAUCGGUAAACAACGCAUGA